AUGGCAAUACAAAUCUCUAUCAAACUUCUCGCUAAACCAAAUUCCAAAAUCUCCUCAUCGGAGAAAAAAAUCGCCGCCGCGGCCUAAACCCUCGCCGCCGUAAUCCACCGGAAAUCCGUAAAUCUCCGGUGCAAGCUCAAAUCCCGAGGCAAUUUUUUUCAAAACCCUAGAUUUUAUUUCUUCGAGUCUCCGCAAGGAGGCUUGUAAAAAAGUAAAGCAAAGAUGAGGAUUAUGAUAAAAGGAGGAGUAUGGAAGAACACGGAGGACGAGAUUUUGAAAGCGGCGGUAAUGAAGUAUGGGAAGAAUCAAUGGGCUCGUAUUUCGUCUUUGCUUGUUCGUAAAUCGGCGAAACAAUGUAAAGCUCGCUGGUAUGAAUGGCUUGAUCCUUCAAUUAAGAAGACUGAAUGGACUAGAGAGGAGGAUGAGAAACUACUUCACCUUGCAAAGCUCCUGCCCACUCAAUGGAGGACAAUUGCUCCAAUUGUUGGUCGUACACCAUCCCAGUGCCUUGAACGUUAUGAGAAGCUUCUCGAUGCAGCAUGCACCAAGGAUGAGAACUAUGAUCCUAAUGAUGAUCCAAGAAAAUUGAAGCCUGGAGAGAUUGAUCCUAACCCGGAAUCCAAGCCUGCUCGGCCUGACCCUGUUGAUAUGGAUGAGGACGAGAAAGAAAUGCUUUCUGAAGCACGAGCUCGGUUGGCCAACACAAGAGGCAAAAAGGCUAAAAGGAAAGCCAGAGAAAAGCAGCUUGAAGAGGCGCGAAGGCUUGCUUCUUUACAGAAGAGGAGAGAACUGAAGGCUGCUGGAAUAGAUGUCCGUCAAAGGAAGAGAAAAAGGCGAGGUAUUGAUUACAAUGCUGAAAUCCCCUUUGAAAAGAAGCCUCCUCCAGGCUUCUAUGAUGUUACUGAGGAAGAUCGUCCAGUUGAUCAACCCAAGUUUCCAACUACCAUUGAGGAACUAGAAGGUGAGAGGAGAGUUGAUAAGGAAGCUCGCCUAAGAAAGCAGGAUAUUGCGAGGAACAAAAUUGCAGAAAGGCAGGAUGCCCCUACAUCCAUAUUGCAUGCGAAUAAACUUAAUGAUCCAGAAGCAGUGAGGAGGAGGUCGAAACUGAAUCUUCCUGCACCACAGAUUCCAGACCAUGAAUUAGAGGCCAUAGCAAAGAUAGGUAUUGCCAGCGAUUUAAUAGGGGGCGAUGAACUGUCCGAAGGAAAUUCCGCAACGCGUGCUCUUCUUGCAAACUAUGCCCAGACACCACAACAUGCAAUGACUCCUAUGAGAACACCUCAAAGAACCCCUUCAACUAAGCAAGAUGCCAUCAUGAUGGAGGCAGAAAAUCAGCGAAGAUUGACUCAAUCUCAGACACCAUUACUCGGAGGGGAUAAUCCUCUGUUGCACCCCUCAGAUUUCUCGGGAGUCACUCCUAAGAAAAGGGAAGUGCAAACACCAAAUCCACUUUUAACUCCUUCAGCAACUCCUGGAGCCACGGGCCUUACUCCUAGAAUUGGCAUGACGCCGUCCAGGGAUUCUUAUGGCAUGACACCCAAAGGAACCCCUAGGGAUGAGCUACGCAUUAAUGAAGAAAUGGACAAUAAUGCUAAAUUUGGGCAAUUUAAUUCAAAAAAAGAAUUACUUUCUGGUUUGAGAGGCCUUCCUCAGCCCAAGAACGAGUACCAGAUAGUCGUCCAACAACCUCCUGAAGAAAAUGAAGAACCAGAAGAGAAGAUUGAAGAAGACAUGUCUGAUAGGAUUGCUAGGGAGAAGGCUGAAGAAGAAGCAAGGCAACAAGCUUUACUCCGGAAAAGGUCAAAAGUAUUGCAAAGGGAGCUCCCUAGACCUCCUAUUGCUUCACUAGAUCUAAUUAGAAGAUCCUUAAUGAGGUCUGAUGAAGAAGACAAGAGCUCCUUUGUUCCUUUUACACUAAUUGAGCAGGCUGAUGAAAUGAUUAGAAAAGAACUUGUGUCGUUGCUGGAACAUGAUAAUACCAAGUAUCCUCUAGAUGAAAAAGCAGAGAAGGAGAAGAAAAAGGGGGUCAAGCGAAAAGCGGUUGCUGAACCUGCUAUUGAGGAUUUUGAGGAAGAUGAACUAAAAGAGGCUGAUGAAUUGAUCAAAGAUGAAGCUCAGUUUCUUCGUGUAGCAAUGGGACAUGAGAAUGAAUCUCUUGAUGACUUUGUCCAAGCACAUGAAACAACUUUGAAUGAUAUCAUGUACUUUCCUACCCGGAAUGCUUAUGGUCUCUCAAGUGUUGCUGGAAACAUGGAAAAGCUGGCUGCUUUGCAGAAUGAGUUUGAGAAUGUGAAGAAGAAAAUGGAUGAUGAUACUAAGAAAGCAACAAAACUUGAACAAAAGAUCAAAGUUCUCACUAAUGGAUAUCAGAUGCGAGCUGGAAAACUUUGGUCAGAGAUAGAGUCAACCUUCAAGAAAAUGGACACAGCUGGGACAGAGCUUGAAUGCUUCCGAGCAUUACAAAAACAAGAGCAGCUAGCAGCAACCCACAGGAUCAACAAUAUGUGGGAAGAAGUUCAGAAGCAAAAAGAGUUCGAGCGUACUUUACAGAAAAGGUACGGUGACCUCGUAGCAGAAAAGCAAAAGAUCCAGCAACUCAUGGAUGGGCAUAGAAUACAAGCUCAAAUUCAGGAAGAAAUUGCAGCAAAAAAUCUUGCUCUUGAGUUGGCCAAAGCAGAAAUGGCAGAAAAGGAUCGUGCCCUUGAGUUGGCCAAAGCAGAAAUGGCUGAAAAGGAGAGUGCUCUUGAGUUGGCCAAAGCAGAAUUGGCAGAAAAGGAGAGUGUACCCUCUGCUGGUGAUGUGGAACCUUCAGGUACUGGCCAGUGCUCCAAUACAGAGGAAAUUUCUGCUUCUGCCUCUCAUGUACCAAUAGAAGCUGAUGUGCAUGUGGAGCCUUCAGGUACCGGUCAGUACUCUAAUCCAGAGGAAAAUCAUGCUUCUGCCUCUGAUGUACAAUCAGCUCCAAUUGAAGCUGAUUAUGUGCCUGUGGAGCCUUCAGGCACCUCUAAUGCAGAGGAAAAUUCUGCUUCUAUUGAAGAUGAUUAUGUGCUUGUGGAGCCUUCAGCUACAUCUAAUGCAGUGGAAAAUUCUGCUUCUAUUGAAGCUGAUGAUGUGCAUGUAGAGCCGUCAGGGUACGGCCAGUGCCCCAUUGCAGAAGAAACUUCUGCUUCUGUCUCCCAUGAUGUAGCUCCUCUAGACGUUGAGGGACAGGUGAAAACGGGUUGUGUUUCCGCAAUGGAUGUUGAAGCCACAAGUGACCAUGUACCUAUGGAGGGUCAGCAAAACCUAGUAGAAGAGAGUAAUAUGGAUGUUACUAAAACAGAAGACUCUGGAGCAGUAGCAGGUGACGCGGAUGUUCCUAAAACAGAAGACUCUGGACUAGUAGCAGGUGACACGGACGUUUUUAAAACAGAAGACUCUGGAGUAGCAGCAGGUGACGCGGAUGUUCCUAAAACAGAAGACUCGAGAGUAGUAGCAGGUGACGCGGAUGUUCCUAAAACAGAAGACUCGGGAGUAGUCACAUGUGAUGAGGAGGCUAAUGCCGGAAAGUUGUAAGGUUCUAUUAAGAAAAUGGUUGGUGGUUUACUAGUUUAUUUGUAAUCCUAUUCUCAUACAUUUUUGGAACCAAGUUUUGCUUCAUUUCGAGAAUAUCUUGUAUGUUUGGAUGAAAAUUUGAAAUUGUCAAAAUUUGAACUGUGGUUUAGCUGCUGCCCAUGCUGGUAUUUGCAAAAUAAUGAAAUGCAUUAGCCUACUCUUUCCAA